UGGAAAUUAGUCCUACAAUUGUCAUUUAUAUUUUUAUCUAUUAUAUUAUUUAUAUUAUUUAUAUCUUCCAUUGAAAGUUGCGGAUAUUUGUUAGAUUGUUGGCUCUAAUAAAUAUCCUAACCACUUGGUUUAUAAUUCAACAUUGUUAUAGUGUUUGACCUUAUACCAAAAUCUAUACAGUAUCUCCGCAUUUUUUUAAUAUCAGAUUUAAGAAGUUGAUAAAAUAAAUGACUUUCUUAAGAGUUGUAAAGAAUAAGGCCUAUUUCAGGCGAUUUCAGGUCAAAUUCCGUCGUCGCAGAGAGGGAAAGACCGAUUACUAUGCCAGAAGACGUCUAGUUGCCCAGGACAAGAACAAGUAUGACUCACCCAAGUAUAGAUUAGUUGUGAGACUUACAAACAAGAGGGUCAUCUGUCAAAUAGUGUCGUCGACCCUAGUUGGUGACAAGGUCCAUGCAUCAGCAGACUCCUCUGAACUGGUUCAUUACGGUGUCAAGGUUGGCCUCACCAACUACGCAGCUGCUUACUGCACGGGACUCCUUCUCGCAAGAAGGUUGCUGACCAAGCUCAAGUUGGACUCUCAGUUUGUAGGGAAGGUUGAAGCAGACGGUGAGCUGUACCAUGUAGAAGAAGAGGAUAACGAAAGACGCCCUUUCAAGGCACUUUUGGAUGUUGGAAUUAAGAACGUGACAACUGGAAACAGAGUCUUCGGAGCCCUCAAGGGAGCAUGUGACGGAGGUUUGCACGUUCCUCACUCAGAAAAGAGGUUCCCAGGGUAUAGCGUUGAUGAUGAAAAUAACGGAAGCUAUGACGCUCAGGCACACAGGGAUAGGAUUUUCGGAACACAUGUGGCAAACUACAUGGAGUACCUCAAGGAGGAAGACCCAGAAAAGUAUAAGAGGCAGUUUUCAGCAUACUUGAAACUCGGGUUGGACAGUGAAUCACUUGAGGAUAUGUACGCAAAGGCCCAUGAGAACAUUAGAAAGAACCCAGUGCUUCCAACUAAGCCGAAACGCAAGCUUAAACACGUUAGAGAGGGUAGCAAGGUCUUGACCUCUAAAGGUUCCUACGUCCGCAACGUUAAAAUUAGCAAGGCUCAAAGAAGGGAACGCGUUAAACAAAAGAUUUCUUUAUUGGUUAACGAAAGCUAAUCUUCAUAAUUUAAUAAUCUCCUACUCUUUGUA